AUGGCAAUGAACUUCGUGACCUUUAACCAAGACUACAGCUAUCUGGCUGUUGCGACCUCGAAGGGUUUUCGCAUAUUCACCACGGAUCCUUUUGCGAAGAGUUAUGAGACGAAAGAGGGAAAUAUUGCCAUCAUCGAGAUGCUGUUCUCGACAUCUCUUGUUGCGCUCAUCCUCUCACCGCGUCGUCUUCAAAUCACUAAUACUAAGCGCCAAUCUACGAUAUGCGAGCUAACCUUCCCCACGACCGUGCUGGCGGUCAAAUUGAACCGAAAACGACUCGUGAUUGUCCUUGAAGAUCAGAUCUAUCUUUACGACAUCCAGACGAUGAAAUUGCUCUACACCAUCCAGACGUCGCCCAACCCCAACGCUAUCUGCGCGCUAUCACCGUCCUCUGAUAAUUGUUAUCUCGCAUACCCUCUUCCACAAAAGGCGCCGCCUUCUUCGUUCAAUCCGCCGUCUCAUACUCCUCCGGGGAAUACUCAUGUAUCGCCGACGAGCGGAGAGGUUCUGAUAUUCGAUACUUUAAAACUGGAGGCCAUUAAUGUCAUUGAAGCUCACCGAUCUCCGCUGGCUUGCAUCACGCUCAACAGCGAUGGCACUCUGCUGGCCACCGCUUCCGACAAGGGAACCAUAAUCCGCGUCUUCUCCGUUCCUGACGGCCACAAGCUCUACCAAUUCCGACGCGGUUCGAUGCCAUCGAGAAUUUUCAGUAUGUCGUUCAAUACCACAUCGACCCUGCUUUGCGUCUCCUCGUCUACAGAGACAAUACACCUUUUCAAGUUGAGCCAUCCAACAUCAUCGCCAGAUGCCUCCCCUUCGUCUUCCUCACCUGUAGGUCGUGACAGGUCCCUCAGUCAAAGCUCCUCCGGUUAUUCGCCUGACCGCGGCGACCUGACAGGAGACAUUGGCUCAUCGGAUUUCCCCGCCCGGAAACACAAUGGAACUCUUAUGGGUAUGAUCAGACGGACCUCGCAAAAUGUUGGCAGUACUGUCGCUGCCAAGGUGGGGGGUUACCUUCCGAAAGGAGUCAGCGAAAUGUGGGAGCCGACCCGCGAUUUUGCUUGGUUCAAACUGCCAAAGCCAAACCAGACUUCUGGUGGUGGCGGAAACAAUGGCCCUCUCCGUAGCGUGGUUGCUAUGAGUAGCAACACACCUCAGGUCAUGGUGGUUACCAGCGACGGUAAUUUCUAUGUCUUCAGCAUCGACCUCUCGAAGGGCGGCGAGGGUACGCUGACAAAACAGUACUCGGUGCUCGAGUCGAACGACCGCCUGGGAUACUCUGUAACGGAUUACUAA